UUACUGGACACAGACUUCCGUAACCCCUGAUGUAUAUAGAUUUUCUGACUGGGGAAAGUCAAUAGACGUACAAGCGGAGCAUUGAUUGCCUUUUCACGAAUUGUACAUGGAUCAAUCUCGGAAACAAGCGUCUGGAAGUGCACUCGCACAAGGGUUGGGUCAAGCAGAGAAGCCAAGGAAAAAUGGCCGGGCAUGCACAAACUGCAGAGACCGAAAGCCAAAGAAACUCCGCACCGCCGCCACACAACCACCGGAUGUUGCGCUUGUCAAUUUUGCAAACUUGAAUACAACAAACGAAGAUCAGGACUUUUCAUCUACAAUCUCAAGAGAGACUCCGGAAUUGGGAACACAAUCAGAAGAAAAUGGGCAACUGGCGCGUGGAAACAUUGCAGACUUCCUUGACCAAGAAGAAUUACGGACAGGGGAGAUCGACCAUAUUGGCAGAAACCUAUUCAUUGGUACCGAAGUAUCCAACUUCAAUUAUCUCGUUCGGCAAGGAUCUAGUAACGCACGAUACGAUCACUGUUUUCAUUUUACAAACCGCCAGUUUCACCCAAAGUAUACGUCAUUUGACUCGGAUGCAUUGCCAGAAGAGGCCUUGAAGCUCCCCAGCAAAGCACUUGCCGAUAGACUUUUACAUGCAUACUUCGUACACGUCAAUCGUGGCUGGCCGAUCGUUGACGAGGACCUUUCAAUGGCCAGGUACCGAAACCAUGAUCCCCAAAACCCGCUCGCGUUGUCGCUUCUAAAUGCAAUGAUGCUUGUUGGUGCACAUGUUCUAUCUGCGAACGACGAGGAUAUGAAGGGCCUGAAGUCUGUUUUCUACCGGCGGGCAAAGCUUCUCAUUGAUCAUCGCAUAGAUCAAGAUCGCACUGCGUACAUCCAAACAGCCAUUCUGAUGACCUGGCACUCGGACGGCUUGGAGGAUCUUAUGGCAAACGCAUGGUAUUGGAUCGGCACAGCAUGCCGUGUAGCCUAUGGCCUUGGUAUUCAUCGUGACUGCACUCCAUCAAUACUAUAUGACGUUCACAAAAGAACAUGGAUCAGGCUAUGGUGGAUCUUAUUCCAGUUUGACACCAUCUUGUCCACAGCAUUGGGUCGCCCUCAAGCGAUUAAUAUCGAAGAAUCAGACGUGCCUGAACUUGAAACAACUCACUUCGAAGGUAUUCCGAAAGCAGAAGUCAAUUUUGUCAUUCACCAUACCCGUUUAUGCAAGAUCAUUUCGGAAGUAACAAAGCAGAGGUGGGCUCUAAGGGCAUCAUUUGAGGCUCAGGCAGAUGCGACGCGAGCAGCAGAUGAGAAGCUUGCGCAUUUCCUCACACAUCUUCCGCUCGACCUACGCCCAUCUUCACCUGCUCGGAGUGUUUGGCAGGCAACGUUGAGCUUCACGUACAAUAAUUUUGCUUUGCUUCUCCAUCGACCACCACCCAAGAUCGGUCUCCAUGGCCCAACAACCGGAUCUAUUAGCAGUGCCGCUAUAUGCAGCGACGCGGCACUUUCUAUUACAUCCCGCAUGGAGGAAGUCAAGUCUAUGGAAUCUACCUCACACGUUUGGGGCAUGAGUAUUUACGCCCUGUUUACUGCCAUUGUUUAUGCCAGCACCUCACUCGGUACAGAGAAUUCACUCAUAACAGCAAAGUCCGUUUCAAUGUUCGAAUCGCUGUUUACAUCCCUUCAUGAUUUGUCGUAUUAUUGGCAACUUGCAUUAAGUCUCCGAUCACUUUAUGAACAACGACUGCGGAAGAUCAAAAGGCAGAAGCAGCAGCUGAAUACUAGGGCGGUCGCACACGGUUCUGCUAGCAUCCACUCUGGGGAUCCUGUGUCAUUGGACACAAGAGCAGUCGAUGGAGCAGAUCAGGGACAAGAGGUCGCCAACGCACCGGAUACUCAUCCAUUAUGUGAAAGCUACUUUGGAGAUUUUGGAGAAGAAACUGACUUUCUAUUGAACGACAUCUUGUUAGAAAACUUAAUGUUCCACGAUAACUCGAGUAUUGGAAACCUAAUAGAUCUAUAA